AUGGCGUUGCCAAGGUUGGCUGCCUUGGCAUUGUGCUGGACAGCCGCCGCCAACGAGAACCCGCAUUUCAGUAAGGCGAAGGCCGUGCACCGACAUCAUGAGGCACACGCGGCCUCGCAGGUGCAAGUGCAUGAGAGCAGCGGCGGAGAUCCGCCGCCAAGCAAGGAGAGCUGCAGUAAGGACUCGCAGCUGCUCCAGCAGGUGGUGGGCGAGAAGAGGAACCAAUACUUCAAGGAUGGGGAGCCGUACAACGCAGAUAGCGGAGAUGGCGCGGAGAGAAUUGUGGGCUUCUCCGAUCUGAAUCUUCCUCGUGGCUGCCAGCACUGGAGGGAGCAGCCGCACUGCUGCACUAUUGGGUACUUCAAGAGGAUCAGCGAGACCUCCAGGAUCCAGGUCCAGGACUUCGCCUUCGUCCGGGACGCCUACUUCAACUUCAAGAAGGAGACACCCUGA